AUGAGUAUAAGUCUAGCAAAUACGAAAAUGAAUUACAUUUUUUCGAAGUUUUGUAUAAAGAUUCUUAUGAUGAAAAAGAAUUGUGAUUAAAAUAUGAAAUAGCAUUUCUUAUUUAAAAUAAAUAAAAAAAAUUAAACUAUAUAUUUUAGAACUAACAAAAUGUACAUUAUUAAUUUAAAUAAUAUAUAUACCUUUAAAUAAUAAUAUUAGUAUUUAGAAUUAUAACUAAAAAAAAACAACCUUUAAACUUUAUGCCUUAAUGUUUUAGAUAGAUAUUAUUUUGAUAAAAAUAUAAUUGCUAGAAUCCCUUUAAAAAAAAUUUAGUUUUUAAUAGAUUUAUUUCUCAUUUAUCAAACAAUAUAUAAAAUUUUAAAAAGUAAUUGA